CAUUGCGUCCUCAACGGACAUGAGGAUAGACAAACCUUGCCUAUCGCACACAUUCAACUACCCAACUAUGUCAUUCUAUCCUUCUGACGGCAAUGGCGGCGUAAUCUCCAGGUCCCCUUCAGAGACGAGGCUUCGUAUUGCAGUUGAACGUCUACGUGUGUUGGAGGAUCGCGUCCAGGCACUCAAGGUCCAAAAGACGAUAUUGAACAAAAGGCGGGGCUGGGUGGCAGGCGCGCGAGAAACGCUCUUUGCGGCAGUCGAGGCCCAAGAGUCAAAGACGGAACAGCUGCGCAGGUUUCUGGUACUACUAUCAGAACUGAAGUACUACGAACGUAUCCGAGCGGAGAAGGUAGAACCUUGGCAGAGUGGUCUCUCUGAGGAUCCUUCAGAAGUUCUGGUCGAUCUGGUCAAGCAUGCUAGCUCCAGGCGAGGCUCGUACUGGAACGAAAUCAUCUCCCGAGUCAUUGGACCUGUUCCCUAUCCCGAAUAUCCUGACGCCAUUCAAGAACUUCUUGCUGCUCGGAAACAGAGAAAAGAAUCGCAGAUGUUUGCAGAUUUCUGGCAAAAGACUGCACAGAAAGGUGACCGGAACACAAAUGUAACCUGUCCUACACCUUCGAAACGCCCUCAGAGCCUUGCAUCCGGCUUCAGAGUGCGAGGCUCCCAAGUCGAUGAUUUCUUAAAAAGGAUCAAGGAUGAAGAUUCCUUUGCAACAGAAACAAACGAUCAUAGACUUUCUGUGUCUUCAUCUGAGGUCGUCUCGUCAUCCUCGCUUUGCACCGUGCUGCCAUCUUCCUGCCAUUCCUUUCGCUCAGAUCUGUGCAAGCUUGAAGAACGUCCAUCAUCCCUUCACUCUGAGGAGCUAUAUUCGUCAGUUCAUCCAUCUGGAAAUGCCUUCGGAGGACCUCAAGAUGUUUCUAACCCCGACUUGUCUGCUGCUCAGAUGUCCAUUCUACCUCCCAUCCCUUCACGAUAUGCACCUGCUCCCCUUCAAAGCAGUAGCGGCUACAUAUCUAUCGAUCAUGCGCUUCAAUCUCUCGAACGGAUUUGCUCUUCAAUGAAUAGCGAAUCCAGCUUGGAAAGUCUGGCGAAUGACUCCCAUCCCUCCCAUCGACCUCCUACAAUCACGUCUCACCCUUCUCAGGAAUCAGUAAGAGCAACUCCGGGAUGCGGCGCUGUUGAGAUUUUCCCUGAGGUCUUUACUGUAUCACCUCCUCAAUCCCCUAUACCUACAUUCUCUCCUCCUCCGUCGUCUCCCGGUCUAACUCUAAUUGAAGCGCUCCUUUCUACGCCUCCGAGUAAACCGCCUCCUCCAAAAAGAUCAAGAUUACCAGUUCUGAAGAGAUUUGCUCCGAUUGGCCAGAUGAUGCCCACUGUCGAACCAAAGCCGAAAGCGUCUUCUAUACCGGUUCCAAUGACGAAACAACCAGCUGCUAAGAAGGCGACAAUUCGUGACAAAGAGAAUUUGCCUAUCGAGAUGAAGCAGACGAAUGUUAGAAGGCUGAAGCAUAUUCAGAGUUGGGGACGGUUGAGAGCUAAAACUCAGAUAUAAUUUCUGUCCAUGUAUGCAUGUACUGUUGAUAAGAAUCAACGCAGUUCAGGUCCAAGCGCAGU